UAAUACGCGCGCGACUGUAAGCGCAGCAUGGUUGUUGGUUUAAGCAGAAGUUCCUGUUUGAUGUGAGGAACCGGGUCAGAAUCAGAACCAUGGAAAGAACCGAGGAGAAGAGCGACGGUACCGGACUAGAGGUUCUGUUCCCAGAGGAGGGGAAAACGGCGCCAUGUUGUGCCCACGGUCCCACUUUGCUGUUUGAGAAGGUGGGCAGCGGCGGCGCCCGGGGCCGGCGGUUCUACGCCUGCUCGGCCUGCCGGGACCGGAAAGACUGCAGCUUCUUCCAGUGGGAGGAUGAGAAGGUGUCAGAGGCCAGCGUUCUGGCCAGAGAAGCAGAGAUCCAGUCUAAGAGGCCUCGCUUCACACAGGAGGAGUACCGCAUCAGGUUCCUGACGUUCGCCGCGCUCCCGCUGGAUGAGAGGAAGUUCUGUGAGGAGUGUCAGGUUCUGGUUCUGCCUGCAGAGCACAGCGCCCACUCUGCCCACAGAACCAGGACGGUGUCGGCGGCCCAGCUGAGGAGGCCUAGCCUCCUGCUGUCUCCUCUGGGCAACAAGAAGAGCAACGCCCAGUACCUGUUCAGCGAGCGCAGCGCCUGCUUCCUGCUGGACGCCUUAGCAUCUCUGGGAUACAGGAAGGUUCUGUGCGUAGGAACGCCUCGUCUGCAGGAGCUGAUCAAGCAGAGGAACCUGCAGCAGAACCAGGAGCCGAUGCAGAGCCUGCUGCUGGACAUCGAUUACAGGUACGCUCAGUUCUACGCACAGGACCAGUUCUGCCACUACAACAUGUUCAACCAUCACUUCUUUGGAGGACAGGCCUCCAGAACCGUGCUGGAGAACUUCCUGGAGGAGGUCCCUGGUCAGAAGGUGGUGAUGGUAGCCGACCCUCCGUUCGGUGGACUGGUCCGACCGCUGGCAAACAGCUUCUCUCUGAUCUCCCAGAUGUGGAGGAGGAGGAGGCGGCAGGAGCCUGGUGACUCGGAGGCUGACCUGCCCUUGGUCUGGAUCUUCCCGUACUUCUUUGAGCCGCGCAUCCUGGAGUGUCUGCCCUCCCUCGCCAUGCUGGACUACCAGGUGGACUAUGACAACCAUCCUCUGUAUAAACACGGGAAGACGGGUCGGAGACAGUCUCCUGUGAGAAUCUUCACCAACAUUCCAGCCCAGGAUGUGGUUCUGCCUGCAGAGGAGGGCUACAGGUUCUGCUCGCUGUGCCAGAGGUACGUCAGCUCCCUGAACAAGCACUGCUCCGCCUGCAACCUGUGUCCAUCCAAGGACGGCCGUCAGUGGAAGCACUGCUCCGCCUGCAGCAGAUGUGUGAAGCCCUCCUGGAGACACUGCCUGGCCUGCAGCCGCUGCGCCCUGCCGGACCACCCCUGUAGGAGCGCCGGAGGGAGAGGAGGAGCGGCGGAGGACGGCUGCUUCAGCUGCGGCAGCCUGCAGCACAAGCAGAACGCCUGCCCCCUCAGAGCCCGCCCCCGGAGCAGCAGCUCCGGGCCCAGAGCCAGGAGGCGGAGUCAGAAGGCAUCCCGCCACGCAGCGCCGCCUGUAGCACAGAGCAGAGGCGCUCGGCCCCUCUGACCCCCCCUGCUGUUUGGGAGAUGUGGAGCUGCUGCUGUUUUAGGGGUCGCUGUUUCCAUGGUGACCCAGCUUGGAGGAAGUUCCGGCUGUUGGAGCAAUCUAGGAAUUAUUAUGGGAUGUUGGUUUUCCUUCAAAUGUGGAGCCGUGCUUCAUGUCUGAAAUCCCUGCAGACAAAGCUACCAGAGAGGAAGCGUCCUGGAAAAGCUCCUGGAAACCACCUGGAAACCUCCUGGAAACCUCCUGGAAACCUUCCAAACUGCUUCAGUCUGGUGGAAAACGAUCGCUCGGUUUUCUGUCGUGUUCUGAUCCAUAAAACCCAGAAACUGAAUUUUUCCUUCAGUGAACCGAUUGAUGUUUGUUUUUGGAAAGUAGACAGGAAAUUAGUGCAGGGUCAAAGGUCACCGGGUCGUGACCUCUGAACAUGGGUUAGCACCUGCAUCGCCACCUGUUGAAUAUUCUGACAAAUAAAAUAUUGAUAUCAGAACUUUU